AUGGACGAUCCAAGGAGAAAACCCAAGAUAGUCCAUCUUAACCAGAUACGGCGAUACAAACCGCCAACGAGUCCCUUGUUUGCUCCUCAUGCGCAAGAGGAGGUAGGCAACAAUGAAGCCGACGGUGAGGAGAUCAGCGGACUCCCAGGUCACGAUCAUAAAAUCGCCGUCGAUAAACGACAAAAGCAAGGGUUGAUAAAAGAUACCAACGAUUACAGACGCAAACUCCGAUCGCACUCGCCAGUUUAUGCCAACUGAGCUGUGAGGAGUAGGCGCGCCGCGGAACAAAUUUUGUCCUCUGUAUAAUUAUAAUUUUUCUGUUAUAGAAAAGUUGGAACUUGCAGAAAGCCUCGAAAACCUCCUUAUCGGAGGCGAAGAACAGGAUCGUGUGGAAAUCCCCGUCCUAGACCAAGGAAUGUUGGCGGAAUUUUUAAAUGAGGAGGUGAUGAUUCUAGAAGUAGUCAACGAAGACGGUAGAGCAAAUGAAUUGCUACCAAAUGGACAACCAGCCGAAGAGCCACCUGUCGAUGUGAUCCCAAACGCCGAGCCAGAAUCCCCAAGAACGGGAUUCUGGCUCGCUAAAUCUACCCCAAGAACGACAUGGCAUCCCGAUAUCUUUCCCAAGAAUGGUUGA